AUCCUCGUGGGCGCCCUGUUUAGCUUGCCUGAUCGUGCUGUCUUCGUUGAAAUGAAUGCCCUGCGAACUCUUACUUCUCGAUGCAUCUUCAACCGCCUUCCACUAGCUCCUGUAAGCUCACGAAUAUUCGGUUUCAGCACAGAGUCGGCUCAGACCAGUGACAAAAAACCCGAAGAGCCAGUUCCGCCAAAACCUGACACGGAAACACUUUCAGCUGACUUCAAAAAAGUCCUUGAGGCAAAAAAUGAAUUCGAGGAUAAAUAUAAGAGGGCGCUUGCUGAAUCGGAGAAUGUACGUAAACGCAUGUUACGCCAGGUUGAGGAGGCAAAGCUCUUUGGAAUUCAGUCGUUUUGCAAGGAUUUGUUGGAAGUCGCGGAUAUAUUAGCCAAAGCCACAGAAAGCGCUCCGGAGGACCAGCUUAAGCCUAACGUAAAUCCGCAUUUUGUCAAUCUUCAUGAGGGUUUAAAAAUGACUAACGCACAGUUGCUAAAGGUUAGUUCGUGCGUGUUAACGCCUCUGUUCACAAAAACGUUUGAUCUUGCAACCUUUAUAUUUACUACUUUUUAUUAA